AGGAUAACACAUUUUUCCUGCCACCUGUAAUAAUGUUUCUUCAACUGGGAGAUAUUACGAGUUUCUCUGGACCGUGUGGAGUUUAAAAAUAUUCAGUGUUGCUUUUGGAUGUCAAGUUGUUGACUUGCAGUGUUGCUUCUCUAGCUGGAAGAGUAAAGGUCUCAACAAAUUGCAGAUCAUGGCUUCUGAUGCUAGUCAUAUGCUUGAAGCAGCUUUGGAGCAGAUGGAUGACAUAAUUGCAGGUACAAAGUCAGCUGCAGAGUAUGCUAAUGGUGCUUACGAUAUUGUGUCACCUGCUCCUUCAGUAUAUUUGGGCACAUUUCAAAUUUUGCAUCUUCUGGAAGAUCUAAAGAUGGCGUUGGAAAUGUUAGAGGAUCCUCAAGAGAAAGAAGCACUGCGAAAUCAAAUUCCAGGGGCCACAGCAGUGUGUAUACGGGAGUGGUUUGAAGAGAAUCUGUCACAGGUGAAUCAUCAUUCAUCUACUAAUAAUGAAACCUAUCAAGAAAGGUUGGCACGAUUAGAAGGCGAUAAAGAGUCUCUCAUACUGCAGGUGAGCGUUCUCACAGACCAGGUAGAAGCUCAAGGAGAGAAAAUACGGGACUUAGAAAUCUGUCUUGAGGGGCAUCAGCUGAAACUGAAUGCUACAGAAGAAAUGCUUCAACAGGAGCUGCUAAGUCGAACAUCACUGGAGACUCAGAAAUUAGAUUUAAUGGCUGAAGUUUCAGACUUGAAGAUUAAGCUGGUUGGUAUGGAAAAGGAACAGAGUGAAUAUGAAGAGAAACAGAACAAAGCUGAGGGUUUGCUACAGGAACUCAGACACCUCAAAAUUAAAGUGGAAGAACUGGAAAAUGAAAGAAAUCAAUAUGAGUGGAAAUUAAAAGCAACUAAAGCUGAGAUAGCCCAGCUUCAGGAGCAAUUAGCUCUCAAAGAUGCAGAAAUAGAACGCUUACAGUGUCAGCUAUCUAGGACCUCAUCACAUAGCGAAGUUGCAGAAAGAGAGGAAGUUUAUAGGAGAAGGAUAAAAGAAAAACAUCAAGAAGUACAACGGUUGAAGAUAGGAAUGGAAUCGUUAUUGGCUGCAAAUGAAGAAAAGGACCGUCGAAUAGAGGAGUUAACACUACUGCUAAGCCAGUACAGGAGGGUCAAGGAGAUAAUGAUUGCAGCUCAAGGCUCUUCAGACAGAAUCGUCUCUGGUGGCAGUGAAGAGGAACUUGAGGCAACUUUAAGGAAGCUGAAUGUUUUGAAUAAUCCUCAAGGAGAAUUAUUUAAAGCAGAGGUCUCUUCAGAAUUAUCACCAUCUAUGCUAUCUGCAGUGACGCACAAAACUACGGAAAUCAGGGUUCCACAGAAAAAAAAGUCAAGUAGCUUAGAAGACUUGCAGAGUGAAUCCUUGGAAAAGUAUGUAGAUGGAAAACCAGUACAGCCUGUUGUAGAACAAGAGAGUAAGCCACUUGUGAAAGGCAGCAAAUACCAAACUUUGCCAGGAAAACUUCCUCGAGCGACGCAGAAUGGAGACCAGGGAACAUACAAUGAGUCAAAUUUGCCAGAUGUGAAUGACACUGAGGACAACAGCAUCCUGGGCCUGAGAGAAACAGAGAACAUGGAUGGUACAGUAGUUUCUGACGACCUUUCACCUCCUUCUUCGGGAACGGAUUCGGGUCCACAGUCUCCACUGUCUCUAGAAAACAGAAAGAGUCCAAAAGGGAUCAAGAAAAUCUGGGGAAAAAUAAGAAGAACUCAGUCUGGUAACUUCCCUGCAGACGACCUGGGGUUGGCAGAGUUUCGACGGGGUGGUCUCCGUGCAACAGCUGGACCUCGGUUAUCCAGAUCAAAGGAAACCAAAGGCCAGAAAAGUGACUACAAUGCUCCGUUUGCUCAGUGGAGUACUGAAAGAGUUUGUAACUGGCUUGAGGACUUUGGUCUUGGGCAGUACGUCAUUUUUGCACGGCAGUGGGUGACUUCCGGCCAUACACUGCUAACUGCGACGCCUCAGGACAUGGAAAAGGAAAUGGGAAUAAAGCACCCACUGCACAGGAAGAAAUUAGUUUUGGCCAUUAAAUCAAUAAAUACAAAACAAGAUGAGAAGUCUGCACAACUUGAUCAUAUCUGGGUGACACGCUGGCUUGAUGAUAUUGGUUUACCUCAGUACAAAGACCAGUUUCAUGAGUCCAGAGUUGAUGGGAGAAUGUUGCAGUACUUAACUGUGAAUGACCUUCUCUUUCUGAAAGUCACCAGUCAGCUGCAUCAUCUGAGUAUUAAGUGUGCCAUUCACGUGCUGCAUGUCAACAGUUUUAAUCCCCACUGUCUUCGCAGACGACCAGUUGAGGAGGUAAAAAGCAAUGUUUCACCUUCUGAAGUAGUGCAGUGGUCCAAUCACAGAGUGAUGGAAUGGCUCCGAUCAGUUGAUUUAGCAGAAUAUGCACCAAACCUCCGAGGAAGUGGAGUGCACGGUGGCCUCAUUAUUCUUGAACCUCGCUUCAAUGGUGACACAUUGGCAAUGCUGCUGAAUAUCCCACCUCAGAAGACCCUACUGCGACGCCACCUAACAACCAAUUUUAAUGUAUUAAUUGGACCAGAGGCACAACAAGAGAAAAGGGACAUAACGGAGUCAACAGCAUACACGCCUCUGACCACCACUGCCAAAGUUCGGCCAAAGAAACUUGGAUUUUCACACUUUGGAAAUUUAAGAAAAAAGAAAUUUGAUGAAUCAACGGACUACGUUUGUCCUAUGGAUACGAACCCAGGUGCUACAAAUGGUACUCAGAAGAACUACGCUGGAUACAAAGGCCUUAGCCCACUCACUGAUAGGGAACUGGACCAGGUGGGACAAACAGACUGAUGCCAUUCUCAUCUCAUCCUCUUCCUGCAUUCCAAAGCUUGCAAAUAAUCAAAUGUUACCAUAUAACAGUAUUUGCUGCAUCUGCAUGAACUCAUUGAGAAAGUUAUUGGCUAUGGACCGUUGAAAGAGUUCUAUACUAAGAAUGUCAAGGUUUGUUGUUUGUUUUUUUUUUAAUCAACGUAACAAUGAACUCACUCAUCUUCAAGCCCUUUUUCAGGAAGGUAACGCCUUUACACUACGAAGGUCAGUGUAUUUUGGCUAUUAAGGUAGAGGCUACAGUAAACAGAAGAUUUUUGUACGUUUGGCUUUCAUAACCUGAGUAUGGCACACACCUUUUUUCUUUAUAUGGGCAGUUUUUAAUGUGAUAAGUUUAUUUGGACUAAUUUGUACAGAUCUAUCAAGUUAUAUAUUAAAGUACAACUGGAUCGUAGAUUUCUAACAGAUUAAUCAAGGAAUCACACUGCAUUAUUUUAUUAUGUACAGUGGGAAGUAGUUAUGCUUAAACAGUAUACGUGAAAAAAAUGGCCGCAGUAAUGAACAAGAUUAUUAAUAAACCAACAUUUAAAUAAUUCACUUUUGUCAUUUGGUAGUGAACUGCUUAAUGAAACUGUGUCCAGACUUUGCAUAAAUGAUGAAAAUUAAAACCCCUCAAACUCUACUUUGUUGUUGUGUAAAGGAAUGUAAACCCUGAAAAAUGGAGCUACUGAAGGCUUGUGUGAACUUGGCAACACACAAGACUCAGAGGCAGCUGAGGUAAACAGUCCUGUUUCCAGUGACCUUAGUGAAACAUUUUAAACUUAGUGUGAAAACGGCCACAAAAUUGCUAAGACUAACUAUGGAAGUCAUUCUGUCAUCUGCAUGGUUUACUGCAUCUAACAUCUCAUUGGUUGUCAUUAUCUAACCGUUGUCUUUCUCAGUGUGCGCGAUCGUAAAAAAUCAAGAGCUGUUCCUACGUGGGGACAAUAGCAAACCCUGACAGAAUCAAAUAUAUGCACUGUAAUUCAGUAUGCAUGUCCAGUUACACGAUUACGAGCUGAAAGGGAAUGCAUUAACUCUGAGCCAACAGCUUACAAUGCAAAGCUGUUCAAGUGUUACAGAAACAUUCUAUUUUUUUCACUAGGAGAGUGGCCUUUUACUUAAGCCCGGUUUCUGAGCGUGUGGUCAUACAGCAAAACCUUAGUGCCCUAGUACUGAUAGCCUUUUUGUGUAAAAAGAGGUAGAACUGUUAAUCCUUGCCUAUGGAGGCAAUUCAAUUACUGGAAUUAUGUGCUUCACCUUCUGGAAAAUAUUACUUUUCACUGAUAAUGAGUUAUGCUAUUCCUUUUCUUGUCUAAAUUACAGCUCAGGUCCCAUGGAAUCAGUUCUCUUAAUCGGGAUUCAAUCUUUCUUUAAUCCUCCGUUAAUGCAUUUUCAUACGCUUUAUAGCAUGGAGACAUUUUUGUUAAUUUGCAACUUGGAAAUGUGCUGAAAUCAGGUUUUAGAAGUACAGCACCUUCACUUGUCAAGGCAGAGAUACCUCCCCAAGAUGCAUGUACAGUGAAUAAUAUUGCACACAGUGUCGGAAUUGAACUAGCUGCUGAAUACUUUUACAGAUGGAACACUCAGAAGGAACAGUAAAGCAAAUAGGGGCUUUUUCUCAAGGCAUAAGCAAUCUUACGGUAUGUACCAAUUUUAUUCCUUUUGAAGUCACAAAUGUAUUCUGCUAGAAUUCAAAGUUGGUUAUUGCUGGUGAGUCACUAUUCUUGGAAUGCACCUCCUUAGAGCCUGGUUGCACAUGACACUCAAAAAAAAAA